ACCCAACGGCCAACCGUCAUCCAUUCGUAGUUGAAACGUGGUGGAAUUACGACGGAUAUCGAGUUUCUCUCUUGCGCGUCUACUUUUCGUCUUCGUCGUCGUUCGUUCAUUCGCUUUGGUUUACUUUUUUUGGUUUUUCUUAUUUUUAAUUCUUGAUAUUUUCGAAAUAAAUUUAAAUCGAAUUAACGUUUUUGAAAGCGCGGCAUUUAAUUAAACCGUUAAUUAACAAGAAAACAAAAGAAGUCAUUAUAGACUUUUGAAAAGUGAUUCGUGUGUUUUUUGUUUGGGAAACGCCUUAAAAGCUAGAAAAUAAGGAAAACACUCCUCACUAGAGACUUAGUCUAUAACUCAAUUAAGCACACAAGAGAGUGAAAUUGGUGUCAUUUUGGAAUUUCAUUAGAUUUGGAAAUACAUUCAUAUUUAAAAAAUUAGAAUAUCAUGAAUUAUUUGCGAAGCAUAGAAAUAUCAAGAGUUGAAAUGUCGCCGGCCGAUGAUGCAAUUUAUCCGAGUCCAACAUCGAAAAAAGCCACCUACACAUUGGUCGCACUAAAAUUUCUCGAACUGUGUUUGAUUAUCUGUUGCAUCGGACUGAUAGAUGAUCCCGCCACACAUUCCCAUUUUCGAAUUUUCAUUACACCACGCGUAGUUGCGCUCAGUUAUGUGACCUUUGGCUGUCUGCUAAUUUAUACGUCAAUUUAUUUAAUAAUGGCCAUGUUUGGAGAUGCAACUCCAUGGAAAACAGCAACCGUAUGGUCAUUUGUGGGAUUCUUUUUGGUAUUGUCUUGUACGGCACUCUUGUUCAGAGAUUGGUCGAAUACCAAGGAACGCAACUACUGGGAACCGAACACACAACGCUUGGACUUGGUGAUGGCUACAGCUUGGGUUUCAUUACUGGCAUCGCUCGUUUAUUUGGCUGAUUUACUUGUGACGAUACGUUUUGGAUCUCGUGGAGAUUUGGAUUAAAUUUAUAAGUCUAACAAGUCGAGCUUUAACUUUUAUUGUUUGUAUAGUUAAGAAUUAAUUUAUAGGAUAUCUAUUCUUUGUGCAUUGUUAUGUUAAGUUUAAUAUUUCUUAUAAUCUCACUUGUACAUUUUUUUUAUAAAACAAAAACAAAACAAAAAACUGACGAUCAUUAUUAAAAUAAUUCGAAAAAAAGCCAAACUAAAACAAUAAUACGAAUUAAAGAUUUUUAAAGUAUGUUUCAUAUUGCCAUCCAAUCAUUUGUUAACAAUUAAUUGUUGUUUUAAUAAUAGUUAAAAUUAUGGAAUUAGUUAUUCUGUUUAAAUAAAAUAUAAAAUAGAAGUGUA